AUGCGAUCCUCUACUGAAUCACUUGUCCAGCUUGUUUCACAGGGCCUGCCAACCUUUCUCCAAGGGCUAUCGCUGAUUUAUGUGGAUCAGGGAACCAUCUGGCGACUUAAUCAGCCAGACGGUGGGCCUUCUGGUAUGGCUUGCCUUUAUCUGGGCAUCCAGGGAGCCGAAAACGUUAAACUCCUUCUCAGCUUGGGAGACCCUGUUGGAGGAAAAACCUCCGCUGUACUUCGCAAUUCGAUACCCACAGCAACCCCGCGCCACCAUGUGGCGGUAGACCAUCACGGAAGUAAAAAGUCCUUGAGGGAGGCCAUCGACCAGAUGGGUCGUGUUCGUGGCACGGAUGGACCAGCUAAAUUCUCAGCUGAUAAUGGAUCUGUUCUUAGUGUCCAUCUGUUGUCUGUCCUCUGUCCAUCUGGUCGAUGGCCUCCCUCGAGAACGUCUUCGCGAGGGAUCUAUUCCAUAGUUCUUAGCGGUAAAGCCUAUACGGUUGUCGUUGAUGAACAAAAAAGGGCAGCUGGCGACAAGGUUGAAAAAAUUAUUCUUUUACAGGUGGAAAGGAAGCAAAAGUAA